UCGUCGGAUUUCGAUUUGGGACCUGUGGGCGGAGCGAGAGGAAGAAUGACGGUUCUCUCAGCAGUUCGUGAUCCGGAACUUGUAAAGGAAGCACGGAAGCGGUAAUCCGCGCGCUGGAAGCGUGUUCGCUUUCUCGAACUGAAGAGCCUAAAGACACCAGUGAGGUGAGGAGAGAUGCUCUCCAAAUCCUUGGUUAUGGAAUAUCUGGCUCAUCCUGGUACACUCAGCUUGGCUGCUGGAAUAGCAUGUGGCAUGUGCCUGGGCUGGGGCCUCCGAGUGCGCUUUGGGACGGUCCCCAAAAGCUCAGUGAAUGAGACAGACACAGAGACCAGAACUGAAGCAAGCAUCUUAGGAGAGAGUGGGGAGUACAAAAUGAUUCUUGUGGUUCGAAACGACUUAAAGAUGGGAAAAGGGAAAGUGGCUGCUCAGUGCUCUCAUGCUGCUGUUUCUGCCUACAAGAAAAUUCAAAGGAGAAACCCGGAAUUGCUCAGACAAUGGGAAUACUGUGGCCAGCCCAAAGUGGUGGUCAAAGCCCCUGAUGAAGAAACUCUGGUCGCCUUAUUGACCCACGCAAAGAUGCUGGGACUGACUGUAAGUUUAAUCCAAGAUGCCGGACGUACUCAGAUUGCACCUGGCUCUCAAACUGUCCUAGGAAUCGGGCCAGGACCAGCAGACCUAAUUGACAAAGUCACUGGUCACCUAAAACUUUACUAGGUGGAAUUUUGUAUGAUGAUUGUCCCCCCACAAGUGUCUGAAACUGUCCAAUUUUAAAAAUAAAAGCUGAAUUUCUGUCCCCAA